UUAGAUGCCUCUAUCCCUGGACGAAGAGAAAAGUAAAAUGUUGCUGCAAUUCUGGAAGGAUGGGAUGACUUCCACAAAGUCAUCUUGCGAGGAAUUGAUCGAAAAUGCCGCCCAAGCUUCAGGACUAUCAGAGACGCAAGUGAAAAACUGGAUUGGAAAUGAGAGAAAAAGGCUGGGACUUUGCAGAAAGAGAGGACCCAGACCUCAAAAGGAAGGCAAUAAAGUGCCCUGCAAAACGCGAAAAAAGAGCGCUUACCAGCUCUUUAAGUCCGACUUUUUAAAGUCUGAUACGGCGAGGCAGCUACGAAAGGGAUUUUCAGAUGGUGAGGUCCAAAGGAGAGGGAAUGCUGUGUGGCGUAACAUUGGGGUGGGGGAAAGGCAACGGUGGGAAGAGCUGGCCGAGGAGGAAAAUAUGAACCCUCCACAAAAAGAGGAAACAAAAAUAUCUAGAGCGAAAAAACUGUCCUCGCAUAUAAGGACAUGUAUUGAUCAGUUGGACCAAUUGGGCUACCCCUCAAUGUGGCUUGGAUUGAUAAAUGGAGUCCCAGAGAGGCACAUAUCUGUCAAAAUAAAAGAAAUGGCGGAGGAUGAGACUAUCACUAAUUAUGUCCUUAGUGCAAUAGUUAAAAUUACUGCAAAAGAAAAGAUGGCAGCUGAAAGCCACAUUGAGGGGGACAAAGGUCAGAGCAAAAAGUCCAAGAAGAGGGCUAAAAAAAAGCGAAGAAAACAAAUACUCCUCCUGAAAACUCCAAUGCUAUGGAGAAGAGUGGACACAGUGUUAUCGAUGACACCCCUUCUCCCAGUUCCAGUACUAUGCAGGAGCCCGAAACUAUGGCUAGUUCUGUGUUGUUAUUGGACAAAAAAGGACAAGCGCCUGUGGCAGAGGGAGAGAAGGUCACCAAUAGCCUCACGGUUCAUGGAAGGACCUUGACGGCAGGUUGGGGAGCGUUUCUUGUGAAACGUCUGCUAAAAACGUCUGUGGAGCCAUGGAAAGACUUCCCCACCCAUUCAGGGGAAGUCGAGGAAGAUUCUUUCAUUGCCUGGCCUCUCACACAUAUCAAAGCCAAGGAACCAGAUAAGAAACCGAAGCAAAAUACUAAGAGGCACAAGAAGAAUGAGGCGUCAUCCCUCAUUGACAGUCUGCAUCCUGGGAUGAACCCGUCGAGUCGUACUACCAGAUCUGCCAACCGGACGUAGCCACUAAUAUUUCUAUUUUUUUAUUUUUUUACUUCAAAGUAUGUUUCCCGUAGAGCUUCAAUGUGUGAACUUCCAAUUUAGUAUAUAUCCAGUUAACUAAUGGGAAAUUCCGACGAUAUGGCGGCCAUUUUGGUAGGGCAAAAAAAAAUAAAUUUGGCUGUGAUGACGUUUAAUGUUGGUCAUUCAAUUUAAACAAAAAGUAAAGAGGUGAAUACCUAAACGGUGAAUAUGAAACAAACAACAAUCCUGUAUUUACACCAUUUUGUUACGUUCAGUUUUAAAAGGAGAUAAAAAAAUUUGGUGUUGUUGGUAAUAAUGUCAAUAUCAUUUUUAUUUUUGGUAUCUGGUAAAUUGUCUGUUAAUUAUACCACCAAAAAUCCACACAAAAAAUCUUCCUGUACACCGCAGUUUCGUCAAAGUGUUCCAUUAAUGCUAUACUUGUUAGUAUUGCUUGUUUUACUUUUACACAAGGAAAAAAGUAGGGUGACCCAUUCAGUCUUAAGAAAAAAAGGUGUAACACUUUUUAGUAGAGUACAAACACUAAAA